AUGGCAUUUGAUAAUUUGAUGGCGAUGGAGCAGCCAUGGAUGUUCCGCCCCCAAUUCGGCGACGCUUGGAUCGCCGACAUCUUCGCCAAGGAAACCGAUACCCUAACAAAGGCUCUGCAGAAAUCGAUCUCCACGACCUCGUCCGACGGCGACGCCUUCUCUGUCGAGAUGGCCUUCGCCAAGCCCUCUCCGCUGACCCCCUCCGACGGCUCCGAGAACGACAUUGCGGUGUCGAAGCAGCCCUCUCCUGUUGCCACGAAGGAGAAACAACAGCCUUCCAAUGUGUCUUCUUUCGAGAAGCAGCUGCAGGAAAUGCAAAAACAGCUCGAGAAAUUGAAGAUCGAGAAGGAGCAGACCGAUGAGAUGUUGAAGGCCAAAGAGAAUAGCUCGAGACUCUAG